GUGUGCUAUCUCAUACAUCUGUCAACAUUCCGGCGGCCGCAGUCUAAUCGCGGACCUGUUUUAUCUGUUCGGUGUCACAGUGAGCAAACGCUUUUUGGACUGCGUUCACUUAGAACAAAAUCAUUAGCAAUUGUGAUUCUGAGUCAUAGAAAAUGAGUGACAAUAGUUCAGACGAGGAAUUGGCCCCAGACUGGAUUCCCUACAGGCAGCGCAGUGACUGGGCUGAUGUGACCCCGAUUGAACAGGAUGACGGGGAAAAUCCCGUUGUAGUGAUCUCCUAUAGCGAAAAAUUUAAAGAUGUCUACGAUUACUUCCGUGCCAUUCUUGCCUCCUCUGAGAAGUCAACUCGUGCCUUGGAGCUGACGCGCGAUGCCCUUCGACUGAAUGCCGCCAACUACACCGUGUGGCAAUAUCGGCGGGAUAUCCUCAAGGCGCUUGGCUGUAAUUUGCAACAGGAGCUUCAGUACAUCGAUGAUGUGAUCUCGGAUAAUCCGAAGAACUACCAGGUCUGGCAUCACAGGCGCGUGAUAGUCGAAUGGUUGAAUGAUCCUUCAGACGAGUUGCGCUUGACGGAGAGUGUGCUGAGCAUGGAUUCGAAGAACUACCACGCGUGGCAACAUCGCCAGUGGGCAAUAAAAACCUUCAAUCUUUACGAUAACGAACUGGAAUAUGUAGAUCGUUUAAUAUCGGAAGAUGUCAGAAACAAUUCAGCAUGGAAUCAAAGAUUUUUCGUCCUAAAACAUUUUGGCUUCACACCAGAAGUGAUUCAACGCGAAAUUCAGUACGCUGUAAAUCGAAUUCGUCUGAUAAAAAACAAUGAAAGCGUUUGGAAUUUUUUGGGUGGAAUAUUGCAUGAUGGUGGAGCAUCAAUAAGUCAACAUGAAGAGGUCCUGGCGUUCUGUGAGGAAUUAUACAACAACAAUGUGCGGUCACCCUACUUAAUUGCCUUUUUAAUUGAUCUAUGCCAAGAAAAGUGCUUACGAGAAGAGAAUGCCGAGAGUAGGGAGGCUCUAGGGCGGCGUGUCGCUGAAUUGUGUGAUGGGAUGAUUCGGGAACAUGAUGUCAUCCGCAAAAAGUAUUGGCAGUACGUGGUGGACAGUUUUCAAUUGAAAUUGAACCGCUUGAAAGCAAACAAUGAUGGAGAACGGAAUGAUGGUACAUCUUAAGGUCUUGUAUAUUUUAUAGCCAUCCGAAUACACCGAUCCUGAAACAAAGUUUAUAUUAUACCUAGCAAAGUAAUUUUGUAAAAUAGAUGAAAAUAAAUAUAGUCAGUUUUAAAAAAGUU